CAUCCACUGUUUAGUAGUAUGCCCACAUCCGGCUCGUAAGCAUCUGCUACGUUGGGGACUGUAUCGCAUGGUUUCCUAUGAUCGCCACGAGGUCGCGCCACAUUUCUAGGCAGAAAAGUGAACGAUUUUAUUUUGGUGUGUUUAUUGCGCGAGGAUUUUGAGUUCGCGAGAUCGUUUUGUAUUUGAGUUUUGGGAAAGUCCUGUCGUGAUCGCGAAGGAAUCGAAUGAAAGCAUGCAGAUAGCGCCCCGAGCGUGUUACCGAUCGUAUCGUGCGUUAAACUUCUUCUGCUAGAUGCUAAUUGCUAAAUUAGCUGACCAUAUUUGUGCGGAUUUUUUUUUUACUUCGCUCGAAAUAUCAAAUGCCAACCUGAAGGAGGAAAAUACGAAGUGGUAUGAUAGUACACAUUCUCAGUGGCAGAAAAUAAUAGCAACAAAAAGAAGAUAAACUCGUGCGAUGAUUCGCUGCCCGUGUGUUGGUGUUUUUGCCAUUCGCGUGCGCCUGUGUGUUGUUUUUAAGUCAUGUUACUUAAGCGCCGCGAAUGCGAAAAAUACAGUGUUUGCGUAAAGUUUUUACAAUUAGUGGAAAAGGAAACUUGUUUUGAAUGGCAGUAGUGAAGAGUCUGUUGUUUACGUGAAGUACGUUAUCAGGUUGAAAAUCAGUGAACGGUGAAAAAGUAAACAGAAGCAAAAAAGUCCCCCCAUACAACAGGCAAAAAAAUAUAAAAUCAUUGAAGAAAUUAUAACAAGUGUGUUUUUGCCCUCCUGGGGGAGCGCCGGUGAGUUUGUAACAAGAGAGUGUGCGUAUGUGCUGAAGAGACAACGUCAAGUUAGCAUACCAAAAUAUUUUGCGACCAGAAUAUUAGCACAAGUGGAUUGUGAGUAAACAUAGUGGACGAUACACGUUCCUAAGUUCUACGUGAGAAAAUACACACAUCUGAUAUCAAGAAGAGCACAGCCAUCUAGAUCGUGCAAAAGAUCGUAAACAAAGCAGCCUCUGGUACGGUAGAUCAGGCUCAUCGUCCAGAGAUGGAUUCGUUUGGAUCGCCCUGGCCGGCUUCACCACGCGGUGGCCUUGAGGGUCUAUCUAACGAUGGCGUUCCAAUGGAUGCCCUCGCCGAGCUUCAGGACGGUGCGUUCGAGCCGCAGACACGUGCCCGUUCCAAUACCUGGCCUCUGCCACGACCGGAGAACUUUGUCGAACCGGAAGCAGAAUCCGAAAGCAAUAAGUGUAGUAAUCAGCAGCUGGCAAGUGCAGGUGUCAGUGCGAACCAACCGCAAUCAGCGUCAUCCGCCACCAAGAAAAACUCAUCGCGUCGCAACGCUUGGGGUAACCUGUCGUACGCUGAUUUAAUUACACAAGCAAUUAGUUCAGCAGGUGAUAACCGACUAACGCUCAGUCAGAUCUAUGAAUGGAUGGUGCAGAAUGUGCCGUAUUUUAAAGAUAAGGGUGACUCCAACAGCAGUGCAGGAUGGAAGAAUUCUAUCAGACACAAUCUAUCACUGCACAACCGCUUCAUGAGAGUACAGAACGAAGGAACUGGAAAAUCGUCCUGGUGGAUGUUGAAUCCGGAUGCGAAACCCGGAAAAUCGGUUCGUCGGAGGGCCGCCUCUAUGGAGACUUCAAAGUACGAGAAGCGAAGAGGACGAGUGAGGAAACGGGUCGAAGCGAUACGACAGCAGGCGGCCCUAGGACUAGCAACAACAAGUCUAAACGAUGCCACCCCUUCACCUAGCAGUAGUGUUAGUGAAAAUCUAGAUUCAUUUCCUGAGAGUCCGUUACAUAGUGGUAACUUUCAACUGUCCCCCGACUUUCGGCAACGUGCAUCAUCAAAUGCGAGUUCUUGCGGUCGGUUGAGCCCAAUUCAGUCGAUAGUAGGUAUCGAAAACACUUGGACCUAUCCACCGGAUCUAGCAGAGCUGGCCGACAAUCCUGACGCAGGUCAAACGGUAGAAACGGAACUCAACGCACAAGGACAGGCUCAACUAGAUCAACUGGCUGGAUCUCUUGCAGAUGACCUUACCCUGCAUCAGACUGAUUUUUUCAAAGGGUUCAGCCAAAACACGAGUAUGCAUAACCAACCUCCACCACCAUAUCAGCCACCGCAGCCAUAUUCCCUGCAUGCGACGGUAGCGCAACCUUUCGGCUUCCCGCAGCAGCAGAACCAGUGUCCCAUCCAUCGCCUGCAACAGUGCACCUGUAUGCUACAAAACAACACCCGUGAGAGCAUGUCCCCCGCAUCUGGAACCGGAAUGUCUCCGUCAUAUCCGCACAGUGAACCUUCGCCGGACUACGCCAUGCUGGUGGGAGCGCGAGUGAUACAGCGAACACCUUCAGCCAGCCCUCCACUUACGCCCGGUACCGUUUGUAAUAUGGUGACAGCGACACCACAAAGUGAUAACUCUCCGCAGACGUUGAUGGGGCAGUUUAUGGAGGCGUUAAACAAUCAAACCAACAUAGACGAUCUAAAUAUCAACCUGGAAUCUUUUCCCGGUGGACUAGAGUGCAAUGUCGAUGAAGUGAUAAAACACGAGCUUAGUAUGGAAGGAUCUCUGGAUUUCAAUUUCCCAAUGUCGAACCACAGCACUUACACACCGACGAACAGUUCCAACUCGCAGGACUCGACAAUCAGUGCAAUAGCCGCAACGCCAAACCAGGCAACGGCACCGCAUAACCACGGCCAGUACACGGCAAGAACGAGCGUCACCCCGCCUUCCUGGGUCCACUGAGGGUGGCUGUGAAUUGGAGCGUACUUGAUGAACACUCCGACGUGAAUCAAAAGAUUACAAAAAAGUUGAGAAGUACGCUUCAAUAGUCUACAACAGAUGGAAAUAAUAUGAGAAACACAACCGAAAUCCUAGUGUGGUGCAGCAAGGAUAAUGACACUCGUUGGAGCACCGAAAGUUCAUCGAUUUUGGCAUAACAUAAAUGGAUACUUAUAACCCAGGACUAUAUCACAGUACAUAACACAGUCCAAGAGGAUGUCAUCUUCACUCGUACAUGGUCAUAAACAUAUUAAUGGGCAAUAGUUUUUCAUCGAUCUAAAAAUACAAAUAAUAUAGCAUGCAAGCAUUAUGUUUUAGCAUAAAUAAUGAUCACCUGACAUCAAAUUUUACAGUAAGGACUCAUUGAUAAGACGAAAAAGUUAGUAAGCCAAGCUGUUUCUUUUAAGUUUAAAUCGAGCCAAGCAGGUCUGUACAGUAAAUGUUAAGUUUAUUAUCUUCUUCAACAAUAGCCUUGUUUGACGACCAAGCUAAACGAAUACACUUAUAAUCAGUUUGUUAACUUUUUUGCUAGGAGGAAACAAUACAGUAAGCAUAAAUUUAGUGGAAACUAAAAUAGGUAGUGAUAUUAUGGCUAAUGCUCGGUGAACAAAAAAAACUUGGUGCUUAUUUCUUCCUUCAAACACACCACCGGCAUUAACUAGAACAACACAUGCAACUGGUGGUCAAUAAAUGUUGGCACAUCCUUCUCAAUGCCACUCCGUGGGCGGCGGAAAUUCAUGCUGUGAAUAGCAAUUGCGCAAACCCUAUUUCCAUCGCCCACUUCGUUGGUGAAGUAUUGGGUGUGCCAGCAUCCUGUAAGCUUUUUUGCUCAAUUUUGUACGCCAUCUAUGAAUUGUGCGUAAAAUUAUCAUUUUGUUUCUGGGGAAAAGCACAAUUUGCAACUUGAGUAAGGAAUAUCUACAACUACAUGAUAUGUAUAGUUUGGGGUUCUGCUUUACGUUCUAGGAUAACCAGUGCCAUUUAAAGAAUCUUGUAUGAAUUUCAUUAUAUGCUAUAAUCUUUUCGAAGCAGUAACAGAGACCUUUUAAAUAGGUCGGCAUGCAAGUCAAAUUAACCGGCAGCGUGCGCAGCAAUUUCUUUUUGUAAAUAGGUAAAAUAUCAUCAACAAAUGUAAAUAUAGUUACCAAAAUGAAACAAGGCAAGCAAAUGUCAGCUUUCCUUCUUAACAAAGGACAUAGUUGAACAAUCAUUGUUAUAGAAGAUCGUUUUUUGAAAGCGUCACUAGAGGGUUCUUCGAUUUUGCAAGAAUGAAAUUACUAGGUUAAACCUUUAAGGAAAAACGUUGUUUUAAUCACAUUUUGUACAUAUAAGUAAGCUAAAUGAAUAAAUUAAAAUAACACGUAACGCUAAGCUAUGUAAUCAGUAGAGAACGAAUGGUUAGUAGAGAAAAAACAAGAAUAAAUUAUAUAUUGGAACUAGAAGCUUGCUAUCUUUGAUACAAAUUACAGAUGAGAAGAAAAAUAAGCGAAUGACAACUAACUGAGGAUAAAAAAUGAACGUAGAAGAAACGCAAACAAAUAACCUUAAUCAAUAUUGUCGAAAUUAGUAGAAUAAAUUGAUCUUCAAUGACCAAUGAAUAUCGUGAAAAUGAAUGUGUUCGUUAAAUUAAUUUUAUUUCAAUGUUCAACUACAUUUUUUGUAUUCCUUUCCGAAGUUAUUUUUUUUGUUUUCUUUAAAAGGAACCCAAGCACAUGAAGUAAUGAAUGGAACAAAUUGUUAUAACACAUUGAAAUCCACGCAGGAGAUGUUACUGAUUAUGUGAAUGAAAGUUAUUUGUAUAGAAAUCGUUGCGUCGUACAAAUUAAUUUAAACUGCUGAAAUCCGACAAUGUGAAAACUGCUUAUAAUAUUGAUUUUGGGUUGUUGAAUAAAAUUGGAUCAAUUAUAA